GGCCUGCAUUGUAUCCAUGCCCAUUGAAAGUAGUUUCAGCAGUGGAAGAUUGAAACCGCACGCAUGAAAAAGUGAAGGUUGAGAAGCAAGUAGCUCUAGUCGUGUGUUUAAAAAGAACAAUGGCCUUGAUGGGUGUGCAGUUGGUGGUCAGUCUACUGGCGGCCAGCAUCAUGCAGAGAAUGGCCCCACACUGUUCGUUUGCCCGCUGGCUCCUCUGCAAUGGCAGUUUGUUCCGGUUUAAGCACCCUUCAGAAGGAGAGCUGUACGCCCUGGCUGGGAAGCAGGCCCCAAAGACUAGUAGGAGGGACAGGCGUCAGAAUGGGUCUAGUGACAACAAGCCGCUGACGGUGCCCAGAGACAUCGACCUUCAUCUGGAAGCUGCUCCAGUUAACGUUAUGGAUGCCCUCGUCCUGCGUUUCUUCCUGGAGUACCAAUGGCUGAUUGACUUUGCGCUGUAUGCGUUUGGUAUCUACAUGUUCACUGAGGGGUACUACUGCGUUGUGGAUGCCAGCAAAGAGGUCAACAUUGGAGCCAUCUGGUGUGUGCUGACCAUUUUCUUUUGCCUGAGGACUCUGCACACGCUGAUGAGCCACUACUUCCGCUCGGACGAGGGGGGCGAGCGCUCGGUGUGCCUGGCCUUCGGGUUCCUAUCCCUGCUGGUGGCCAUGCUGGUCUUGGUGGUCAGAGAGGACUACCUGGAGUUCGGCCUGGAGCCUGGUUUUGCUAGCCUGUUUGACAACUUGGAGAUUUUCGCCAAGCAGCAGGGGUAUGAGUGGUCGGUCCCCAUCACCAAGCUGACUGUGAAGUUCGGUUUGGCAGCCUUCUGUGCGUUCAUUGGUGCAUUGCUUGCAUUUCCUGGCCUUCGAUUGGCUCAGACUCACUUGGAUGCUGUUGAGAUGAAUACAGGUCGGCCCCUGAUACAAAUCCUCCUGCACCUGAGCUUCCUGUCUCCGUUGGUGGUGCUGGUGCUGUGGAUUAAGCCCAUCGCCCGUGACUUCCUGGGGAACGCUCCGAUGGGGAAGAGCACCGUCACGCUGAUCUCCAGCUCGGUGUUCAGCUCGGUGCGUCUGUGGACCGUGGUGGCGCUCUGCUUCCUGCGCCUGGCGCUCACCCGCUACCACCUGCAGGCCUACCUCCACCUGGCGCCCAAGUGGGUGGAGCAGAUGAAGAGGGAGGCGGGGCGCAUCGCUGCCGUGGACAUCCAGAGAAAGGUGACCCGAGUGUUCUGCUACCUCACCGUAGUGACGCUGCAGUACCUCACCCCCAUUCUGCUCAUCCUCUUCUCAACGCUGGCUCUCAAGUCUCUGGGAGACUUCUCCUGGGGCCUGGUCCCAGACUCCCCCGGGGUGACCCCGGCGGUGGUGCUGCCCCCCGCGGGCCCUGCCGUGGUCGGGCUGGAGGACGAGGACGAGGGCGAGGACCUGGAGGAGGACGUGCAGGCCACGGUGACGCAUCUGAUGGAGGCCUUCGCCGCCCUGCGGGCUGUCCUCACCCCCAUCUUCUUCAGGGGCGUCCUGGCCUUCUUCACCUGGUGGGUGGCGGCCUGCCAGGUCAUCAGCAGCCUGUUCGGGGUCUACUUCCACCAGUACCUGAUGCAGAACUGAGCUCCAGGCCUGUGCUUGUGUAACUCCCUCCCCCCUCGUCUAUGUGCUGCUCAGGGCCCCAAGGUGAACCAACGUGCAGUUCUCCACAAUGCUGCAACUGAAAUCGCUCGUUUUGCUUUGGACGCGCCGAACGGGAAAGCAAAGGCUCACCCUUCGCCUGUUUUUGGCCGAGUCGGUCAGAGAAUACACGGCCUCACAGACUGUGGAGGUGUUGCCGCAUGCGCAUUAGGGUAUACUGUAGGCUUUUAACGGUUCCGUUCAGUUUCCGAAUCCGAGGCAGUUUGUUACGAUUUCAACGCGCGCUUUAUUUAAAUUUUGUCAUGAUGUGAAACUGUCCGGUGAGCUACGUCAUGGUUUUUAAGUUGUUUUGUGAUCAUGGAGGUAUAAUUAUUGGGUUCUUCUGAUGUCUUAAUUGAGCGACGUACAGUAACAAAGUGCCUGAAAACUCAGGGAUUUCCGAGAUAAAAUGUUUUUUUUUUUUUUUUUUUUUGGGAACAGGUGUGUGUGGCAGUUUAACAGAUGAUUUAGGAAAAUUAUAUACAAAUAAUUUCAGUGACUGAACUGUUCUUCACAUUUCAUGAUCUACCUUUGUGUUAAUUUAGUCCUUUUCACUUCGCCCAUUUAAACGAUUGUAGAAAUGACAUAUUUGGGAUUUAUCCUUUGCCUUCAGUUUUACUGAUUGUUUUAUCAAAGACAACGUUUUUCAUCGUAAAUCAUGGCUGUAAGAUGACACAUACUUGCCAAUCAUUUAAUUGUUCUAAAAAGAAUUUAAUGAAGUAAGAAAUAUUUAUUUUAACUGAGCGCAUGGACUGCAUGGUGUGAAUGAACUUCAAUACUUGUAGUUUUAAUAUGAUUAUGUGGUUUGAAGAGAAUAAAAGUAUUUAAUAUUUGUA